CGCUCUUUAUGGUUUCAUGUUUUCAUGGCUUACGGUGAUCACUUACGGAUGGAUUAAUUUUCCUCAUAAUUUGGAUAACUGUUUCGAAGGAUUUCGUGAAAUAAACAGUCAUGAUUGGAUGAUUAAUUAUUUAGCAAGGUGAAAUCACAAAUUACAGUUCAGCAUUCGUGGUAGAGACGCAGUGUUUAGUUUGUGUUUGAACUAGGAUGCUCCUUUCUAUGUAGGAAUGAACUUAACUCGUGCUUAGAGUUUCGGCAAAUUUAGAAAAUCAUAAAAACAGGACUUACAAACAUGGAUUGCGCCCUGGAUUCGAAACUGCACACUGUUCAGUAAAGACUGCGGGCUGUGUCACCUGGGAGGAUGACGUCACCAAGGAGGUCUCUCGCGAUGACGUCAAUGGGCAUACAUUACGACUGUGAUUAUGACGUAGCGAUGAAUCAGCCAAUCACGGGCAGCGUCCUAGAUAGAGACUACAUGCGCAUCAAUGUGUAUCCUCCGCCUCUCCAUAAAGGCCAUGCGCGCACCGAGUCUGAAAACCGCGGCAAGUUUUACAUCCCUCAGAGCGACACAGAAUGGAUUCAGAUGGUGAAUAAUUUUAACAACGGACAGCAAGAGAUGUACUAUCCUGCGAGAAGUGUAUACCAAAAACCUUCAGGCCCUAAACCCGUCCGCUCCAUCAGCGCAAACUCCUACUUUGACCCAUUCAAUCUGCGCACGGACGUAUCGGGUAGCAUCGCGCGCGAUGAGAUUAAUGAGAUGACGCGCGUGCAGAUGCAGCGCGCGUAUCAACGCGCGUGCGGUAAAUCUAUCACAGGUGGUAGAUAUCGGGAGCCACCGUCGAAGGACUUACGGGAAUUCCCCGGCGAACGCCACGAGUCUCCCACUCUAAGGACGCGCACUAUACCCCUCACUCCGCGAACAGCCAAAUCUUUCAUCUCGGACAACACUUCAGGAUACUGCACCAACGAAGAAGAGAAUCGGACAUCGCAAUCUCCAGCGCAACAGGGAAAACAAAAACCCGUACUUCCGAACCUCUCAUCGUCGUCGAAGUUGCCAGGUAACUUACCAUCAAGAAGAGAAGCAUGGUACAGCGCCCCCUUCCGUCCAAAAAUCGUCAAGCAGUCACCACCGUGGCGAUCUCUUAUGAACAGACGCCCUCAAGGGGUGAGAGCAGGUGAAGGUCAGCUAUGCCCAAAGUAUUGCAGGUGCUGUUUUGAGGAUACUUACGAUUCCAACAACAAGAACGUUUUCAAGAUCGACCUGAAGUAGACUGGAGAGAUAAGUGAGCUAGCUAAUCCCUUAUAAAAAAAAAAUACCAUGGUAACCAUGGUCUUGUGUCCAAAUUACCAUCCACCAUGGGAACCAUGGUAUCAAACAAUGAAAUUCAUUGUUUGAUGACCCUAUGUUUAUCAUUGUUUGAUACCAUGGUUACCAUGGUU